AUCUUCAGAGGUCCCUUCCAGCCCUAAAUAUUCUGUGAUUCUGUGAAUCUCUAGGGAAAAAAAUCUGUUUUUCUAGAGCAAGAGUUGUCUUUCCAUUGGCUAAGUACUGGCACUUCACAGCAGACGUGCUGUAUGGAUAUCUAGUCAGAAAUGAAUUACCAGCAAAUCCACUUGGAAGUAGACUUUCCUAAAACAAGCUCUGGCUCAUUCAAUGUAUCUUGAACAGAUGUUGCAGCAGCAGCUUGUCUCAGCACAGCCCUCAGCGUCCGUGGACUAUCUAGAGCCACCUGUUAAAGCAUUGUUGUAUUCAAAUGGUUGGUCCACUGGGUUCCUUUUGCACCUCGGUGAAAGCAGAACUAGCUUUUUUUAGUGGGAUGAGCUACGUGACCAGUAAUUACAGGACAGGAGCACAUUAUAAACCUAUUUAACGUAAAUGCAAAAAAAAAGAAAAAGCCUUUAACAUAGAAGUUCUAUUGAAUGAAAAAUGCAUUUUAGUCUUUCCCAAAACUGAAAAUGGAAACUCUCGUUCAUAAUUGUCUUUGGUGUUCAUGUUACAGACUCAAUGAAAAAAAAAUGAUUUCAUAGCAUAUAAAUUUAUCCGUAGUAAUUUCUUUGUGUUCCAUUGUUAGUGAUGUAGUUUAGUAUUCCACAUAGCUCACUGACCGUAUUAUUUCUUCCACAGCAAAAUACACCUUUACUCUGCUUUUUUCAUUAUUACAUUUUCUUAUUGAUAACACAAAUAUUGCAUCUACAACAGUUCUUAACCUGUAGUCACCAUGAAUUUUGCUGUUCUCAGGCUGAAAGGAGGGCUUCAAUGUGCUAAACCUUUUCUGUUUCGCAUUCUACCUGUAAUGGUUAGUCUAAUACCUGUUAAUAUUACUUCUUUCACACAAUGUUAUGCAAAUUGAUUCAGUACUGAAAGCCCAAAACAGCUGGAUUUAAGAUUCCGUUAUUGCCUGUAUCUUUCAUGUCAGGGUUCAAUUUCAGAUGUUGGUGACUUAGAACAAUAGGGGACAGUUCAUAGGUGCUAACUGUGUCUAUUUCAUCAACAUGUAGGCCUUCCAAAGGCUGCUCACAAUCAUCCAGGUAUGUCAUAAAAUGAAGCAUGGGAAUGCUGUCACCUUUAGCAGUCUUUGUGAGCAAAGGGGGAACAGAAAAUGAGGCUAUUGGCUCAUCUCUUCAGUGAACAACUGAAAGAUGCACUCAUUUAGACAUAUUAAUAAAUCCUGGCUGGAAAUGCCUAAUUUAAACUACCAUUUAAUUUACCCUUUUCUGCUUUUCAUCUAAAAUGGAAAUUACAUUUUCUUCACAACAGCAGUAAAUUACAUGAAAUAUUUAGACAAUGAGUGAUGCAAACUAGUUAUACAGAUCAUGGGAAAUACCAAAGUUGUUAAGAGUGCUUUCCAGUACUUUGCAAGUUUACAAACAUCUAGUAAGUUCAAUUUACCUUUCAUAGUGACUCAACUGUGAGUUACGAGGAUAUUAAGUUUCUUUAUGUAACAGCAUAUUCUGGAUUGAGUUGACUCGGUGAGAAUUAUGUAGAAAGCGUGGAUUUCCAAUAAACCUUUUGGAGACAGUUCUUUACCAAAGGCUUUUAAGAAAGCAGGUCUCUUUCAAAAUGGAGAAAAAAACCUAGUGGUUAAAAAAAAGUGUAGAAAGUACUACCUUACAGUGAACAUACAGGAGAUUGCUGUUUAACACUGACUACUGAUGUGAAAGAAUGGGUUAAACAGAAAGGGACAAAAUUUGCUCGUUAUAUGGAUGUGUUAAGUGCAGUCCAAGGGGUGCAGAAGAGUUUUGGUGGCCUGAGUAAUAAAGCGGCAGGUAAGGAACAACAUUAAUGAAGGCAAAGUGAUGCACAUCAUGGUCUUUAAUGUAUCAGUAACCACUCAGAGAAAUGUUAGUAUCACUGUGAAUGCAUCUAAUCAAUACUAAGAGCAAUCAGAAAGACCAAAUGUCCUGGUUUCAGCUGUGAUAGAGUUAAUUUUCUUUCUAGUAGUGUUGUGUUUUGGAUUCAGUAUGAGAAUAAUGUUGAUAGCACACUGAUGUUUUGGUUGUUGCUAAGUAGUGCUUACUCUAAGCAAAGGUCUUCUUAGUGCCAGUGAGGAGGUGCACAAAAAGCUGCAAGGGAGCAUAGCUGGGACAGCUGAUCUGAGCUGGCCAAAGGGAUAUUCCACACCAUACAACAUCAUGCCCAGUAUAUAAAUGGAGGGGGUUACUUGGAAGCGGGACUGAUCGCGGCUCAGGGACGGGCUGGGCAUCGGUCAUCAGGUGGUGAGCAAUGGUAUUGUGCAUCUCUUGGGUUUUAUCAAUCUCUCUCCCUCUCCUUUUUAUAUCAAUUAUUAUUAUAAGUGGUACUACUAGUAUUAUUAUUUUACUUAGUUUGGAUUGUUAAACAGUUCCUAUCACAGUCCCUAAAUUUUAUUUUUUUCUCCCUGAUUCUCCUCCCCAUCCCUGUGCGAGAAGGGGGAGUAAGCAAGCAACUGUGUGGAACUUAAUUGCCAUCUGGGGUUAAGCCAUGACAAGUGCUGAUCAGUAAAAUUAAAGAAUGAGUUAAACAGUCUCUAAGUGUCAGUAGCUGCUCAGGGAGAUGUAUCACUGUGAAUGCAUCUAAUUGAUGCUUUAGAUGAAGGCUACAGCAAAGAAUCUUUAUGGCUGCUCAGAGGAAGGUCUAUCAGGUACUAUUAUAAUGAUUUCAGUUCAACUUUAGGCCCAUCAAAUCCCUGCAUUAUAGGCUUAGAGAAAGAGAAUGUGUGUAGGCGUAAGAUUUAACUCAUGUUUCUGAGGUUUUUAUACUCCUGCUGUGGCAACUGUCAGAGAUAUGGGAUAUUGGGUCAGACAGGUCUUGGAUCCAACUGAAUCAGUACAGCAGUUCACAUAUUAAUUUUAUAUUUCCAGGAAAACAAAUUUUCCUGAUGGAGAAGUUACUAGAUACUUUUUGAUGUCAUAGUAAGACUAGUGAUAGACUAAGUUUAGGAUGUGAGAUUUAAGUUAUGGUCUGUAAUGACAGAGGUCUGGAAUUACUGACACAUGAUUUCUUUCCAACAAAGCGUGUACAACAAUUAUUGUCUUUGAAGACUUUAAUAUCUGCGUUAAGCUCUCUGAAAUAACACCCCCCAAUUCUUCUUAUUUUCAUUCCUGGACACCUUUGGGACCUAUACUCCAUCUAUUAAUUUCCUGGGCUUAUUGGGGGUCAGAUGUGACUCUAGGGAAUGUAAGAUAAUACCCUUUCCUGUUUGAUUCCGGUGGCAAUAAUGAGUUGAAUUAAAAAUUUCGGUCUUUAGGAAGGAGAGGGAUUCCACCAGAAAGCUGUUGGUACCUCCCAGUAUUAGAGUAUGUUUAGGUAACAUCACCUUAAGUGCCCAUUGCAGUGAUUUAGCAAGAUUCUGUAUGUACUUCCUAGCCACAGUUUCUGGAGUGCUAACAUCUGUCCAUUUAUUUUUCUCCGCAGUUACUGCAGAAAGAUUUUAUUCCUGUACAAGCUGUGAUGCAGUUUUCUUCUUGAUGUUUCUUUUGUAAAACUGUCUCGAUGUGAUUAGUAAAAAAAACUUUGCUCUUUCUAAAGCACGAGCUUUUAAAUGAAAUCUGAUUAACAAUUUUAAAGUAAUUUAAUCUUUUUAACUGAUACAGUUCUUCUUAAGGAGAAGAUUGGCUUAGGAGUUAUCUGUUUACUCUUGCAUUAGUGUAAGAUGCAUUCCUGAGCCUAAAUCUAGACACAGUAACAAUCACUGUUUUCCUGAAUUCAGUACAGAAUCCUCAACAUUAAUGCAGAAAUACGAAGAUCUUGUUGCUUUUAGCUUUAAUCUUUGGCUUCCAGAGGAGUACAAAGAGCAUUAGCUGCACAUCAGGACAUUAAUUUCCACUUAGUGCACUGACAGUUACCGUUUCGUGGACAGAAGUGUGGCGCUGCCUCCUCCAGCCAUCCCACUACGUCUUUUUCAGGUGUCCCAUUUUUCUUGACUGUGACAAAAGCUACUGCUUUGGAGGUGUUUACAAUGAGUACAAAUGCAGAGCGAAGGUUCACUAAUCUCAGGAAACGUCUAGAUCAGCUGGGCUAUCGGCAACCAUUGGGAGUGGAGAGUUUGCCCUUGGUGGAAAAGCUUUUUAGUGACUUAGUUCAUACAACUGAGAGCUUGCGCAGUGCUAAGUUAUCUGCUGGAAAAACUGAAAAAGAAUACAGCAAUUAUGAUACUAUUUUGGAACCUUAUAAAACAGAAAAUGCCAAACUUACCAGGGAAAAUAAUGAAUUACAUUUAGAAAUAUUAAAACUGAAAGAGCGGUCUGAUCAUCAUGUUAAAGACUUGAAAGCCUCCUUAAGGAGGGCUGAACAUGGAACUUCUGACUUGAAAUUUCUGAAUAACCAAUAUAUACAUAAAAUUAAAAUGUUGGAAAAAGAGAACAAAGCCAAGACUGAAAAAAUUCAGCAGCUUCAGGAGAAGAAUCUGCAAGCAGUGGUGCAAACACCUGGAGGCAGAAAAAGAAGCAUUCCCUUCAGGCGUCAGCGCAUGCAGAUAGACCAGCUUGUCCCCCCAUCAGGCGUUAGUGCCUACCCAGUUCCUCAGCCAGAGGACCCUUAUAUUGCAGACCUUCUUCAAGUGGCUGAUAAUCGAAUUCAUGAACUUCAGUCAGAAGUAACAGAGCUACAAGAAAAACUGGAGAUAUCUGAAUGUGGAAUGAAAAAUUAUAGCAAACAAGUUGAGCUAAGAGACAAAGAAAUUGAGCGCCUUUUGCUGGCACUGGAUGGUGGGCGUUCUCAUGAGGUUCUCUCUCUGGAAUCAAGAACUAAAAGUAAUGAGAAGCUUAUUGCCCACUUAAAUUUGCAGGUUGAGUAUCUUCAGCAAAGAAACAAAGAACUUGAAAAUCGCAUUCAAGACCUCUUGGACACGAAACAAAAUGUGACUAGUGAGGUAGUGCAUUUAAGCAAUAAAAAUGAAGAACUGUGCCAAGAACUGAAUGAAAUAGAUCACUUGGCACAGCAGUUGGAAAGACACAAGGAAAUUGUGCUCGAGACUGCAGAUAAGGAAAUAGGAGAAGCAAAGAAAGAAAUUGAAAGAAAACACAGUGAAAUACAGGAUCUUCAAGAAACAAUAACAAAGCUUAAAUCAGAGUUGUGCUCAUGUCGUAGGGAGAACGAGAGACUGAAUGAAGAACUCUUUGGAAAAACAGGUGAUAAAGACAAUCUUGAGGUGGUGUUAAAUCAGCUUCAACAAGAGAAGCAAAGGCUGACAGAAAAAACAGAGAACUUAGAAAUAAAAGAACGAGAACUUGUCCUAGAAAUAGAAAGAAUGAGAGUAGAAUAUGGUAUAGCCCUAGGAGACAAAUCUCCAUCUCGUCUAGAUGCAUUUGUGAAGACUUUAGAAGAUGACAGAGAUUAUUAUAAGCGAGAAUUAGAAUAUCUUCAGAAAAUGAUAAGACGAAGGCCUAGCCCAAGCCGCAGGACUCCAGAGAAGGGCGAAGAGCUUAAAUUGAUCACCAGAGAAAGAGAUGAGCUACGGUCUAUGUUAGACAGAUUUGAAAAACACAUGAUAGAAAUUCAGUCCAAUGUCAGAUUAUUGACUGCAGAAAGAAAUAGAUUAAAUGUUCUUUAUGAGCAGUCUCAAAGUGAGUUGAACAGGAUGAGAAGAGAAGCAAAGCAUAGUUUAGUUUCUCAAAGUCACGUGGAAGAAGAAAGAGACAUUGCACUGACUGACUUCAGAAGACUAAUGGCAGAAAAAGAAAGCCUCAGAGAAAAAUUAAAGAUUCAGCAAGAAGCAGCAAACCUUGAAAAAUCAAAGAUGCAGCAUGAUAUUUCAGAACUGGAGAAUAACAUUCAAGGACUUGAGAUGGAAAGGUGUGAACUAAAGUCUACAGUCUCCAUUCUGAAAGAAAGAACAAACUAUUUGGAAAAUGAAUUAAAAUUGAAGUCCAGUAAACUUGCCCAGACUUCUGAUGAUUCUUCUCAAUUUAAAGCUGAGAUUUGCUCACUUCAGCUCUUAAAUGACCAGCUCCAGAGGUCUGUUGAAGAUUUACAGCACCGCUUGUCCCUCAGAAAGGAUGAUCUGCAGUCAGCUCAGGAAGAAAUUGUAAUGCUAAAGGAGAAAAUAGAUAGGUUAAACCAGAGGAGCACUUCACAGGAUGAAGCAGUCAAUGUGCUUAGAAGUACUAUUACUGUUUUGGAUAAAGAAAAGGACAGUCUUCAAGAAACCGUGGAUGAAAAAACAGAAAGAAUUGCAUGCUUAGAUGACAACUUAGCUAACAAGGAAAAAACAAUUACUCAUUUACGCCUCACUCUCUCUGAGCUGGAGUCCUCAACAGACCAGAUGAAGGACAUGCUGAGCAACAGAGACCGUGAGAUAUCGAGCUUACAACGCCAGCUUGAUACGUCCCAAGUAGAGCUUGCAGAAAUGGGAAGAGUAAAGGAAAUGGCUCUGAAAGAAAACAGACGACUGCAAGAUGACCUAGCUACAAUGGCCAGAGAAAACCAGGCUAUCAGUACUGAGCUUGAAGAUGCAAUACGUGAAAAAGAAGAAAUGAAAACCAGGGUUCAUAAUUAUAUAACUGAAGUUUCCAGAUUUGAGACCUUGAUGGCUUCGAAGGAACAAGAGAACCAAGAAUUGUUAGUGAAAUUCCAAAUGCUCCAUACGCAAGCUGAAGACUGGGAAAUGAAGGCUCAUCAAGCUGAAGGAGAAAGCAGCUCAAUACGACUUGAACUCCUUUCAGUAGACACAGAUCGGAGACAUCUUCGGGAGAGAGUAGAACUUCUGGAAAAAGAGAUUCAAGGGCAUAUUGUUGCACAUCAAGUAUAUGAAUCUCAGAUCUCCUCCAUUACAAAAAACAUGUCCAAAUUGGAAGAGGACCUUAAACAUGAAAAUCAGGAUAAGGCUGCUGUGUUAGCAGACCUGACUUCUGUGAGGGAACUCUGCGUGAAACUUGAGUCUGGCAAAGAUCUUUUAUCUCGACAGUUGACAUCCAAAAGCAUGGAUUAUGAAAGGGUUCUAGGAGAAUUAGAAGAUAUAAAAUCAGAAGUAGAGUUGCUGAAAAAGCAGUUAUCCAGUGAGAGACUUACAGUUCAGAAUCUUGAAACGUUACUGGCUACUAGUAGAGACAAAGAAUUUCAGAACCAAUUAACAUCCCAAGAGAAAGAUACCGAAAUUCAAUUACUGAAAGACAAGCUAACACUUGCUGAGAGCAAACUAAGCAGCCAUAAUAGAGAGGUUUCCAUACUUCGAAGUAAAGCUGCACAGCUGCAGACUGACUGUGAUGUUUUAAAAAGACAACUGACAACUGAGCGAUUUGAACGAGAACGUGCAAUUCAGGAAAUGCGCCGACAUGGUCUCUCUACAUCAUCAUUACGCGCUUCGCCUCCUCUCAGUUCAACAUUCAGGUCUCCCUCACGUUCUCCUGAACGGAGCGUUGUAAGGACAACUGACCAGGCAUCAGCUGAGAAAAAUGUGAGCUUCAAGGAAUAACCAGUACUUAAGCAACUGAAGCAUUACCUUGUUAUAAAGACUUUUUUUUUUAAUUAUGAAGACUAUCUUGUAUUCUACCUCUGUUUUCUUCAAAUCACUGAUUACCUUUGAAAUCUCUGAGAAAGGGUGAAAUAAUCAACUUUGCAAAAUUCUGCUUUCCCAACUGGCAGGGGUGUUUUUUGCUGGCUGUUUGACAGGUUUUGUAUCAAGCCUAACUAAGUUUUGUUACAACUUUGGAAACGUAAUAAUUAUAAGAAGGAAAUGAGUACUUGAUUUGACAAUCUCUUGUUUUUAUUUUACUGUUUUAUUUGUUUGCUUAUCUCAUGUGAUUGCAGAACUUCAUUCAUCUUAAUAUGAGCUAACAGAAUAACAUCCACAAUUGUCUUACAAGUGCUGAGCCAGUGUAUGUUUUAUACCCGUGAUGAAUUCCUAUAUUUAAGCUUCUAACAAGUGUUUUCUGUUUACAGAUCAUACUUCAUGGUAUUUAAAAGUAUUGAUUAUCUAUUUUGUGAAUGUAUUUUGUUUACCUUUUCUUAAUAAAAAGUAUAUAUCAGCCUUUA